GGGCGCCCGCCGCCGCCGCCGAGGCCGAGGCCGAGGCCGGAGCGAACCGAGUGGCCGAGCGGAGCGCAGCGCAGCGGGGCCGCGGGGGCCGCGCACUUUCCUGCUCGUCCGCCCCGGCGCGCUCGGACAUGGUGGCCCCCGGCUCGGUGGGCAGCCGGCUGGGCGCGGUGUUCCCGUUCCUGCUGGUCCUGGUGGACCUGCAGUACGAAGGUGCCGAGUGUGGCGUGAAUGCAGAUGUGGAGAAACAUCUGGAAUUGGGGAAGAAAUUGCUUGCAGCUGGGCAGCUGGCUGACGCGUUGUCUCAGUUUCAUGCUGCAGUAGAUGGCGACCCUGAUAACUAUAUUGCAUACUACCGGAGAGCUACUGUCUUCUUAGCAAUGGGGAAAUCCAAAGCAGCACUGCCUGAUCUAACUAAAGUGAUCGAGUUGAAGAUGGACUUCACUGCAGCAAGGUUACAGAGAGGCCACUUACUACUCAAACAAGGGAAACUCGAUGAAGCUGAAGAGGAUUUCAAGAGAGUGCUCAAGUCUAAUCCAAGUGAACACGAAGAGAAGGAAGCCCAGUCUCAGCUUGUCAAAGCGGAUGAGAUGCAGCGUUUGCGCUCACAAGCCCUUGGUGCGUUCGAAAGUGCUGACUAUACCGCUGCUAUAACCUUCCUUGAUACGAUUUUAGAGGUUUGUGUUUGGGAUGCAGAGUUGCGAGAACUUCGAGCUGAGUGUUUCAUAAAGGAAGGAGAACCCAGGAAAGCAAUCAGUGACUUAAAGGCUGCUUCAAAGCUGAAGAAUGAUAACACGGAGGCAUUCUACAGAAUCAGCACACUCUACUAUCAGCUAGGAGACCACGAGUUAUCCCUCAGUGAAGUCCGUGAAUGUCUGAAACUUGACCAGGAUCACAAAAGGUGUUUUGCACAUUAUAAGCAAGUGAAGAAACUUAACAAGAUGAUCGAGUCAGCUGAAGAGCUGAUCAGAGAUGGCAGAUACACAGAUGCAACCAGCAAAUACGAAUCCGUCAUGAAGACAGAGCCCAGUGUAGCUGAGUAUACCAUCCGCUCCAAAGAGAGGAUCUGUCACUGUUUCUCUAAGGAUGAAAAGCCUGUUGAAGCCAUUAGAAUAUGUUCUGAAGUUUUACAGUUGGAACCUGACAACGUGAACGCUUUGAAAGACCGAGCAGAGGCCUAUCUGAUAGAGGAGAUGUAUGACGAAGCCAUUCAGGAUUAUGAAGCUGCUCAGGAGCACAAUGAAAAUGACCAGCAGAUUCGGGAAGGCUUGGAGAAAGCCCAGCGGUUACUGAAGCAGUCACAGAAACGGGAUUACUACAAAAUCUUGGGAGUGAAAAGAAAUGCCAAAAAACAAGAAAUCAUUAAAGCAUACCGAAAAUUAGCACUUCAGUGGCAUCCGGAUAAUUUCCAGAAUGAGGAAGAAAAGAAGAAGGCAGAGAAAAAGUUCAUUGACAUCGCAGCUGCCAAAGAAGUCCUCUCAGACCCAGAAAUGAGAAAGAAGUUUGAUGAUGGAGAAGACCCUCUUGAUGCAGAGAGUCAACAAGGAGGUGGUGGUAACCCCUUCCACAGAAGUUGGAACUCAUGGCAAGGGUUCAAUCCCUUCAGCUCAGGCGGACCAUUUAGAUUUAAAUUCCACUUCAAUUAAACCAGCUGUUUUACCGCUCCUCUCCUUCAUUAUUAUUAUUUUUAACAUUAAAAACAAAAACUGUUGGGAAUUCUAAUGUAAACAAAAUGAAACAAAACUUUCAGUUUGUCCGUGACCAAAGAGUUGUUUUAGGGGAAAAAGCUGUUCUUCUUGUAGAUCUGAUGGGCCUGCCAAGGUGGGAGCAAGGAGGCCUGUUUCUGACAAAGCAGCCUGUGCACAUCUGUGACUCCCUGGGGGAUGUGGUCAGAUAGCAUUAAACAUGCACAUAUUUAACCUGGAGCAGACAGUUUCUACACAGCCUUGCAUAGUGACCUUGAGGAGGAGCUGCAAUCUUCAGGAGGAUGGAUUGGGUCUCUGUUCCUCAGAGAAUGUGAACAGUAUUUUCUUAGGGACGACUAUGCUUAGUCCAGUCACUAGUAAGCACUUACCCCUGUCCCUGUGGCAUCACUGCAGGAAGGAAGGAAGGAAGGAAGGAAGGAAGGGUAGAGACAUCUGUAGGAAGCACCAUCACGUGGCAAGUCAGUGUCCAGGUGUAGACUGUUGAAGUUAAGCAUAUCUUUUUGUUGUUUUGUAUCCACAGAAUACCAAUUUCACCUGAGUUUAAUCGUAAAAACUUACAGAUCCUCCUUCAAGUGUUAAACAGAACAAAUUAAAAUACGUGAGAGGCCCAGUGGUAUUUUAGACAAUACUGUGGAAGGUCAGUUUGAAAUACUUUUUAAACAGGUGAAGUUCCAAGUUGUUUGAUAGAAAGGUCGUGUCACGAAACUGGCUUAAUGAUACAGAGUUGCUCUGUCAACGUAAGCACACAGUGUAGUGACUCCCAGCUGAGCAAUAUUAGUGAGGCAGCGGGCGUCUCUGUCUGUCUGUCUUGGUUGCAUUGCUGGUUGACUUUUGGUCAGUAGCUCUGCCUCAUGAGGACUGGGUGUUCCUGGUUUCUCACUCUGCUUAGGAGGAAGGACAGGCUUGCACAUCAGUCUAGCUCUGUCUGUGUCCUUGGUGAGAUGCGUCUUCCACUUCCUCCCGGAGACCCCCUCUGGCUUUUUAAGCAGGUGUCACUUUAGGAGAUGUACUGAGCCGGGCGUUGGUGGCGCACGCCUUUAAUCCCAGCAUUCGGGAGGCAGAGGCAGGCGGAUCUCUGUGAGUUCGAGGUCAGCCUGGUCUACGGAGUGAGUUCCAGGACAUCCUCCAAAACAAUACAGAGAAACCCUGUCUCGAAAAACCAAAAAAAAAAAAAAAAAGUACUGUUCAGGGUUUGUAUACUGGAUAAUUUUUGCUCUAAAAAUAUGUUGCUAAAUCAAGAACAUAGAUUUAUGAACUACUGAUGCUGCAUUGGAAAUCUGAAGAAUUACUUUGGUAAAAGUUUUUUUUCUGUCUUGAAACAUUGUGAAUAUUUUAAGUAUAAAGCUCUAAUAUAUUGCCUUUAUGAAGCUGAGCAUUUUAGGCAAUUGUGGGAGACACGAAUGUAGCAUCCAAGCACAAAUCAUUUCCUUAACCUAUAGUCAUACCCUUGAGCAUACACAGAAAACAUUUUAAAUGGAAGAACAUAAGUCACAUAGUGGAGUGGGCAAAGCAUUUAUGUGUUCUUUGCCUGUAUUUAGGAGCCUAUUUCUUACCAAUAAACAAUGCAUUUCGAAAUA